AUGUCUUCGAAGUCACAGUUCAAAGGGUCAACAUCGGCUCGGUUCGUGAAAAAUUCCGGCAACAAUUCUCAACCAUAUCAAAGGCGGUCAGAAGAAGAACUACUCUCUAAUUUCAACAAUGAAAAUGCACAUACAAAGCUUUCCCUGGUCCAAGAAGCUGACCAAAUUGACUCUGUAUUUGGGUUUGACCGCUACGAAAGUGGUCCUAAGAAGGUAGGAUGGCUGAUCAACAUGCAUACCACAACUAUCCCAUCGGAAGACCUUCUGCAAGGUUACUCUGGAGUCGAUUACUACUUCCUGGACGAAGAGGGCGGUGGCUUCAAAGUAACAAAACAAUAUGAUCCCUACUUUUUUGUCAUUUGUAAAAAAUCAUACGAAUCUGAGGUAGAAGAGUACCUGAGGAAACAGUUAGAAGGAUUGUUGAAAAAGGCUAGCCGUGUCGAGAAAGAUGACUUAUCACUACCCAACCAUUUAAUAGGCUUGAAGAGAACAUUGAUUCAGCUUUCCUUUCACAAUAUUUCCAAUCUUUUAGAGGCAAGAAGGAUCAUAGCUCCGAUAGUGAAACAAAACCAAUUAUUUAAGGAACAAAGAGAUGUAUACAAUUCUGAUUUGAAUUACAAUCUGCUGAAUGAGGAAGAAGAUCUUGAUUUCAACACAGAGUCCAAAUCAAAACCAUUGGACAUUGCACACUGUUUAGAAGAUAUCCGAGAGUACGACGUGCCGUACCAUGUUCGGGUUUCUAUUGAUAAUAAUUAUCGUAUCGGAAAAUGGUAUACUUUGGAGGCCACCGACUCGGCCCAAGUCUCAUUCACCGAAAUGAAGGAUAAAAUUGCAUUUGCGGACCCUGUUAUUUUGGCGUUCGACAUUGAAACUACAAAGGCCCCUCUCAAAUUUCCUGACAGUAGUAUCGAUCAAAUUAUGAUGAUUUCUUAUAUGAUUGACGGGGAAGGGUUUCUAAUCACUAAUAGGGAAAUCAUUAACGCUGAGAUCGAAGAUUUUGAAUAUACUCCCAAGCCAGAGUAUCCCGGUCUUUUUACGAUCUUCAACGAGCCAGAUGAAAAAGCAUUGAUUGAAAGAUUUUUUGAGCAUAUCAGAGAAGUUAGACCCACUGUCAUCGCCACGUUUAACGGUGACUUCUUUGAUUGGCCUUUUGUGGAGAAAAGGGCUUUUUUUCAUGGCAUUGACAUGUUUCGGGAGAUUGGUUUUGCCAAGGAUGUGGAAGAUGAGUACAAGUCCAAGUACUGUGUCCAUAUGGACUGUUAUAGAUGGGUCAAACGUGAUUCCUAUCUUCCCCAAGGUUCUCAAGGUCUAAAAGCCGUUACCACAGUAAAAUUAGGUUAUAACCCCACAGAAUUAGACCCAGAACUGAUGACUCCAUAUGCUUACGAGAAACCUCAGCUAUUAGCUGAAUACUCAGUUUCUGAUGCUGUGGCCACUUACUAUCUUUAUUACAAGUAUGUGCAUCCUUUUGUUUUUUCUCUCUGUACAAUCAUUCCUUUGAAUCCAGAUGAAGUUCUUAGAAAAGGAACUGGAACUUUAUGUGAGAUGUUAUUAAUGGUACAAGCUUAUGAAAACAACAUCCUAUUACCCAAUAAGCAUACUGACCCACUUGAGCGCUUUUAUGAAGGCCAUCUGAUAGAAUCUGAAACUUAUGUUGGAGGCCACGUUGAAUCUUUAGAAGCUGGUGUGUUUAGAUCAGACAUUUCCACAGAUUUUCGAAUUGAUCCCACUGCUAUUGAUGAGAUCCUCUCAACAUUGGACCAAUCUUUGAAGUUCUCGAUAGAAGUUGAAUCCAAGAAACAACUGAAAGACAUUACAAACUAUGAUGAAAUUUAUGAUAAGAUCAAGGGAGAGCUAUUAGAAUUAAAGAAUAAUCCUAAGAGACACGAAGCUCCGUUGAUCUAUCAUGUUGAUGUGGCAUCAAUGUACCCUAAUAUUAUGACAACAAAUAGGCUGCAACCUGAUUCGAUGAAGACUGAUCAAGACUGUGCUGAGUGUGACUUCAACCGACCAGGUAAAACUUGCGAUCGAAGGUUGUUAUGGGCAUGGAGGGGUGAGUUUUAUCCCGCAGACUAUAGUGAGUAUAAGAUGAUCGAACAUGCUUUAUCUAACGAUACAUUUGCGCCAGAUAAACCUUGGCUUCCCAGAAAAACUUUUGAUCAACUUUCUCAUAUUCAAAGAGCUGCACUUGUUAAAAGCAAUUUAAGUGAGUACUCAAGAAAAGUUUAUCAUAGAAUCAAGCAGACGAAAACUAUAGAGAAGGAGGCUAUUGUCUGCCAACGGGAAAACCCUUUCUAUGUCAAUACAGUGCGAUCAUUUAGAGACAGAAGGUAUGAGUUCAAAGGACUUGCCAAAGUUUGGAAGGGAAAAGCAUCCAAAAUACCAAAAGAUGAUAGACAUAGUCUGGAUGAGGCCAAGAAAAUGAUUGUUUUAUAUGAUAGUUUACAAUUGGCUCAUAAAGUUAUUCUUAAUUCAUUCUACGGGUAUGUCAUGAGAAAGGGAUCCAGAUGGUAUUCCGUGGAAAUGGCUGGAAUUACCUGUCUGACUGGUGCCACUAUUAUUCAAUUAGCCAGAUCGUUGGUUGAGCGCCUGGGUAGGCCUUUAGAACUUGAUACUGACGGAAUUUGGUGUAUUCUUCCUUCAUCGUUCCCAGAGGACUUUGAUUUCAAAAUGAAGGAUGGUAAAACACUUACUGUUUCAUAUCCUUGUUCUAUGUUGAACUUCUUGGUUCAUGAAAAGUUCACGAACCACCAGUAUCAAGAAUUGGUUGAUCCGGUCACUCACAAGUAUAAAACUUACUCUGACAAUUCUAUCUUCUUUGAGUUAGAUGGUCCCUAUAAGGCCAUGAUCCUUCCUACUUCGAAAGAGGAAGGUAAGGGACUUAAAAAGCGUUAUGCUGUGUUCAACUUUGACGGUUCAUUGGCUGAGCUAAAAGGAUUUGAGUUGAAAAGACGAGGUGAAUUACAACUAAUCAAGAACUUUCAAUCUGAUAUAUUCAAACUUUUCCUACAUGGAGACACUUUGGAAGGAUGUUAUCAAACCGUGGCUAAUGUUGCUAAUCGGUGGUUAGAUGUGCUAGACUCCAAAGGUGUCAACGUCGAAGAUGAAGAUCUGAUUGAACUGAUUUGUGAGAACCGGAGCAUGAGUAAAACCUUAGCUGAGUAUGGAACUCAGAAAUCCACAUCAAUUACUACUGCUCGAAGGUUAGGAGAGUUCCUAGGAGAGGAAAUGGUCAAGGAUAAAGGAUUGGCUUGUAAAUAUGUUAUUGCUAACCGACCUCUCAAUGCUCCAAUCACUGAAAGAGCUGUACCGGUUACUAUCUUUUCUUCUGAUACCGAGAUCAAAAAGAGAUUCCUGAGAAGGUGGCUUGGGGAUAACUCUUUGGACAAUUUUGAUCCAAGAACCAUAAUAGACUGGGAAUAUUACACAGAAAGGUUGGCCUCUGUUGUACAGAAAAUUAUUACUAUUCCGGCAGCUCUGCAGAAUAUUUCCAACCCUGUUCCUAGAAUUGCCCACCCAGAAUGGCUACAGAAAAAAGUUAACAGUCAAAACGACAGUAAGAAGCAAAGUAGUUUGGCUCAGUUUUUUGGAAAGACUACAAACUCCGACAUAAUGAAAGAUAUCUCAAACAGAUUUAAGGACAUCGAAGAUUUUGGUGCGGAUACUAAUGGAAUGUCUCGCAAGAUGGGAAAAGUCACGUCCCGUAAGAGAAAGCAAAAGGAAUUAGAGUCAAGAAUUGCCGAAAAGGAGCAGAAACUGUUAGAAGAAGACUGUCCUAAUGAAUUGGUGGAUUAUGGCUCAUUCUUGAAAUAUCAAAAGGCGAAGUGGAAACUUCAAUCACAAAAUAGGGAACGGAGAAGGAAGCUAUUCGGGGCUAGUGCCAAUACCGCAACCCGAGGAACUAUUGGUAAUAUUAUGAGAAAGAAGGCUGAAUCGUACGUUGGAUCUAGUUGGCAAGUCUUGCAAUACAAACAUGACUCAACUUGUAAGCCUGGAGAAGUUAAGGCGUUGGUGUUCAUAGAUGGAAGAGUACAAACAUUCACCAUUGCGGUUCCUAAAAAAGUAUUCCUGGGACUCAAAACGACUGAUUUAGGAUCACUAAGCAUACCAGAUGAAUGUACUGUCGAACCGUCCACUAACCAUCUCCCCAAGGGUGAAAAAGUUGAGAAUCUCUUCAAGCUAACGAUGUCGGAGGAGAAGUUUAACGCGGAACGAGGAAAUUGCAAUGGACUCUUUCAGCACGAAGAUGUGAAAUGUGUCUAUGAAUCACAAAUAGACUGUACUGAAAGAAUAAUUGUAGAGCUUGGAAAUUCCGUCAAAUUUCAAGAGAACCAAGUUGGGGCAUUAGGGAAAGCACUGCAAAAUGGGUUCAAUCAAAACAACUUUACAACCUUACCUUCAGAAAGAUAUUUAAGUCAUUUCAACUUGAAUGUGACAUACUUAAUUCACAUUGUUGCCAAUGGAUAUGAAGUGUUCUCUUUGUUCAAAUCAUGGGAUCCAACGGUUUCUGUUCUUGUGUUGAAACCCAACAUGGCAGCAUCAUCAUUGCCACGAAACAUGGAAUCAGUAUACCAAGAUUAUUAUCGGUCUAAGAAAGAAAGGUUAUCCCAUACCAUUAUUCAGUAUGACGAGCAAUUAUCCUUUGAUGUCGUAGAUUUCACAGAUAAGAAUAAAUUACUUCGAAAUUUAAAUAUCAAAUGCGGUGAAGCCAACGAAGAGAAAAGCUCCAAAUCGUUGAUGGUGAUCCAAUCCAACCAAUGUACUAAACUGGUCAGGGCGUUGAAGAAUUUGAAUGAACAACCUGUCAUUUCAAUGAAUUUGAGAGAAUUGAAUCUGUCACCAUUAUCAUGGAAGAGUUCUGUCAUCAACAAGAUAAUAAAUCAUUAUCUAUCUUUAGGAGCUGGGUUAAAGGAUCUCAUUUCUAUGGCGAGGUAUGGUAACAUACCAUUAUGCAACUUGAAUGUGGAGGAUAAAAGUUAUUUGAUUGACAUUCAGUAUGCCAGGAAACUCAUAGAGCUGGGUAUAGUUCUAUGGUGGUCUCCCAAUCCUUUACCUGACCAUGGUGGUUUCGAGCUAGAUCAAUCGAUGGCUAACAUAGAAAAGUCUCUGGAGUUUCCAACCAUCAACAAACCUGAGAUCUAUGAGACUGUGUGUUUGGAACUCAAUUUGAGCAAUUUAACAAUCAAUACAAUUCUGACUUCAGCAUUGAUCAACGAAGCAGAAGGUUUAGAAAUUGGAGAUAAUGAAAACACAACGUCUUUUGCAGAGGAUAUUUUUUCAACCCCUGCAUUGCAGGCUCUUCGAUUCUUGUUGAAGUCGUGGUGGGAUGAUGCUCUUAAGAAUAAUGUCGAUGCCGACAUUAUGGUGUUCAAUUUCAUGUCGUGGGUAGAGAAAACGUCUUCAUAUCUGUACGAUCCGUCUCUGCUUUAUCAUGUCUACAACCUUACCAAGAAGUCAUUAUUACAUUUACUAGGAGAAUUCAAGAGAUUGGGCUCCACUAUUAUUUUUGCUAACCGAAACAAGAUAGUCCUAAAAACCUCCAAAUUACUGGUUGAAAACUCCUAUGCUUAUGGUCAGUAUAUCAUAAAAACUGUGCGUUCAAAAUCAAUGUUUAGCUACCUAGAGUUUCAAGUGGUGCGGUACUGGGAUAUGCUGAUUUGGAUGGACCAAUACAAUUAUGGAGGGAAUGGCUGUGCUGAAAUUACUUCCAACGAGAAACAAGAUUUGGAACUUAUCAAUCAUUGGCAACUACAACAGUUUUUACCUCCAGUGCUGCAACAAGAGUUUGAGGACUGGGUUGUGGUGAUACUGGAUUCAUUCUUGAAGUGCAAGCAGCUUGAUUUGAAUGGAUCACAAUCUAAUGGAACCCCUCGGCAAACUCAAAUACAGCACAUUCUUAAAAAGCAAAAUCAACAACAGUCACUUUCUACAGAUUUCGUUUAUGAGAAGCCAGAGAACAAUAUCAUUGAUAUGUUUGGUAACGUACUGGAGAAACGAAUCAUUACGCUCAAAGAACGCCAACUGCGAACAUUGUUGAAUCCAGCAUUAAAAGCCGAGUAUGAAUUCCCAAAGCUUGCUGGUUCACAGUUGGACUUGUCAGAUCCAACACUUGAAUUUGUCAAAUUCCUCUGUCAUAUUUUGUCACUUUCCAAAAGCCGAAACAUUGAAGUGAGAGUUUUAAGACGAAAUAUUCUAAAACUUUUUGACGUUAAAGAAUUCAGCGCUGAGGCAACUUUCAAGAAUCCAUCAGCUUCACUAAGGCUUUACAAUGUUCAUUGUGAAAUUUGCAAUCACAUAACAGACUUAGAUCUAUGCCGAGAUACUGAGACUGAAAUAUUCAACUGUCAGAACUGUAAGAGACGGUUCAAUAAGCUUGCAUUAGAAGAGAGGCUGAUCGCAGAUGCUCAUAAAUUGCUGGUGCAUUUUUAUAACCAGGAUCUGAAAUGUAGCAAGUGCCACAAACUUCGAAGUUCUGAACUACAAUUGUACUGUUCGUGCUCUGGGUCUUGGAUUGGCACGGUUAAUCGAGGUGACAUUGUAAAGCGAAUGAAAACUUUCCACACCGUUGCAAGAUUCUACGACUUUAACAUGUUAAAGGAAGUCACCACUACAGGAGAAUAG